GUUUCAUCUUUGAAUCUUUUGAUACUUAUAGAUACUACUUGCUUGAAGUUGAUUUCUCCUCUCUCGCUCUCUCUAAUCUCGAUCUACCAGACGGACUACCAGAACCAGAGGCCUCAACUCAAGCGUCCUUUCAUGGCUGCCCAAUGUCGCACUUUCUAAGAAGAUCCACACCCACUCAACACCAGCACCAACACUACUCGCUCUGUCUCCAAAGCCACUUACUUUACUCUCAAUCCCACCCAAUACUAGUCUCAGAUGCCCACCUUUACCGCCGGCUCACCCCCUCGCUACGCUCUGUCUGUCAGGGGCCAAGGUCUGGACGAGAAAAACGACGUCGUGGAGAGCAAAGGUGGCUUCCUAGUGGUAGCACUCUGCCCCUGCCUGGUUUGCUUCAUUCUCCUCCUCAUCGUAAUUUCCAUCAUUCUCAUUGUCAAAUUCCAUUUCUUUUGCCACACCCCACUUCACUCUUUGCUCUACAAGAAAAAUUGCUAACACCCACACUUUCCCGUUUUACAAUUCCAAGAUUGGUGGUGGUGCCCAAUGUUCACUUACUAGGAAAUGUGGUUGGUAUAGAAUAUUCUCAUAGGAUUAGGGGAUUUUCUAGUGCCACCGCUGGUGGUUCGGAUUCUGAUUCUGAAAUUGAUAGUGAGGACGAGGCUAGGGGUGAAUGGGAGGGUAAUGAGGGUGUUCAUGCUAAUUCUAGUGGGGACCCGGAAGAGGUUGAUAGGGUAUGCAAGGUGAUCGAUGAAUUGUUUGCCUUAGAUCGGAAUAUGGAGGCGGUUCUUGAUGAAUGUGGCAUUCAUUUGUCGCAUGAUUUGGUUGUGGCCGUGUUGAUACGCUUCCAGCAUGCUAGAAAGCCCGCCUUUCGAUUUUUCUGUUGGGCGGGGCAGAAGCCAGGGUUUGCCCAUGAUUCGAGGACUUAUAAUUCGAUGAUGAGCAUUUUAGGAAAGACUAGACAGUUUGAGACCAUGGUGUCCCUGCUUGAAGAAAUGGGAGCGAAAGAACUUUUGACAAUUGAAACAUUUGUGAUUGCUUUUAAGGCUUUUGCUGCUGCCAAAGAGAGGAAGAAAGCUGUUGGCAUUUUUGAGCUGAUGAAGUUGUACAAGUGCAAAGUUGAUGUCAAUACUAUUAAUUGCUUCCUUGAUACUCUUGGAAAGGCAAAGCUGGGAAAAGAAAUGCAAUUGCUUUUCGAGAAGUUGAAAGGGAGGUUUACACCAAAUUUACAAACUUACACACUACUGCUCAAUGGGUGGUGCAGCUCGAAGAAUUUAAUGGAGGCAGGGAGGGUGUGGAAUGAGAUGAUUGACAAAGGAUUUAAGCCUGAUAUUGUUGUGUAUAAUACUAUGCUUGGAGGGUUGUUGAGGAGUCACAAGAGGUCUGAUGCUAUCAAGUUGUUUGAGGUCAUGAAAGCCAAGGGUCCGUCACCCAACGUCAGAAGCUAUAGUAUUAUAAUUCACGAUUUCUGCAAGCAAAAGAAGAUGAAAGAAGCAGUUGACUCUUUUUAUGAAAUGCGUGGAUCUGGGUGCCAGCCAGAUGCUGUGGUUUACACAUGCCUAAUCACAGGGUUUGGAAAUCAAAAGAAUAUGGAAAUGGUUUAUGAAUUGUUGAAAGAGAUGAAGGAAAACGGUUGCACUCCUGAUGGGAAGACUUACAAUGCCUUGAUAAAAUUGAUGACAAGGCAGCAGAGAAUGCCAGAUGACGCAGUGAGGAUCUACAAGAAGAUGAUUCAAAAUGGCAUUGAGCCAUCGAUACACACUUAUAACAUGAUCAUGAAGUCUUAUUUUCAGAUGAGAAAUUAUGAUAUGGGUUGUGCUGUAUGGGAUGAGAUGAUUCAGAAGGGGUGUUGCCCUGAUGAUAACUCAUACACUGUUCUCAUUGGAGGUCUCAUUAGUCAGGGAAGAUCAGGGGAGGCCUGUAAAUAUCUAGAGGAAAUGAUAGAGAGAGGAAUGAAACCUCCUCAGCUUGAUUUCAACAAGUUUGCAGCCGACUUCUCCAGAGCUGGGAAACCUGACAUUUUUGAGGAGCUUGCUCAAAAGAUGAAGUUUGCUGGUAAAUUUGAAGUCUCCAAUGUCGUUGCAAGGUGGGCUGAGAUGGUGAAGAAAAGGGUACAGAGAAGAGAUCCUAUUGAUAAUGGUGGUCAGUGAAUGUGAGUUACUUCAUGAAGAUCCAGGAUACUUGGCCUCAAAGAUGGCAUAGGAGGCAUCCUGGUUAUACUUGGCUGCCGAACUUUUAGCAUGCAUCAACAACUUGUU